GGCUGGCAGGCAGGCAUCCAGGCUGGGGAGCGGUGAGCGGAGCCUGUAACAAUCUCUGCGGCAUUUCUGGACGUCGCAGCAGUCGUCACGACGACACGUCACAGCGCCGUGAGCAGACUGCUGCGUCGCGGGCUUUGGACAAGGUCAUUUGAGCCCAAUCCACUCAUGAAGCACACAACCCUAGCAAGCACCCACCACGCGCUCGAACACGCCGGCGCUUUUUUGACGCCCGGGGACUACCCUUCACUGAAGGCGGUCGGUCGAACCUUCGUGCAGAAGGCGGGCGUGACGGUCGGCUUGCUGCGGAGCAUCCCGAAAUAUAACAAGAAGGGCAAGCGACGACUCGCGGCGUUGGAGCUGCAGGCGCGAUUGCUCGGCAGCGCCGCGGAGCCCUACCUGUUGCUCGCUCUACGCGAGGACUCGUCGCAAGGCGUCCGAGGAACGGCGGCGCGGUGGCUCGCUCGCAUCGCGCUGCACAGCGAAGAAGACGUGCGGACGCGGCUCUACGGCGUCCUCGUGGAGCGCUACGACGCCGAGGCACGUAUGAUGGACGUGCGCGCGGCCCUGACGGAAAGCUUAUCUCACGACGCGCUCGAGCUCCAACGGCUAUUCCCGGGUCGCGCCCUCACAACCGCAGCACUGGAGUCAUCUGCCAAGCGUGCCCGCGAUGCCCAGCUUGCGCCAGCGCGCCGCGCGCGGAGCGAGGCGGCGCGCGCUGCGGCUGAUGCCCGGAGCGAGGCGGCGCGCGCUGCGGCUGAUGCCGAACUGCAGGAGAAACAGGCGCGAGACAAGCGGGGCCAAUUAUUAGACUUCCUCUAUUGCUCGAUGGAGCGACAUCGACAGCGGCGUCGGGACCCCGGCACCACGCUGGACGAUCUCUACGAGGCUACCUUAUGUAUCGAGGGUUCGUUACUAGAGACACGGCGCGUUUUCGGUUGUUCGCACCGAAUCACAAUGAAGAUUGAGGACGAAUUGCGAGACGCGCGAGCGGCGUUCCGCGCCGGAGCGAGGCGGCGCGCGCUGCGGCUUAUGCCGGCGCCGGCGGCUGAUACAACGCGGACCGCGCCGGCCGACGACGACGUGUCCGACGACGACCUGCUCUAGCUUGUGUUAAGUGAACGUGAAC